GAAGAGAGGAGAGCGAGCAAACAAUGGCGACUGGGCCUGUUGUUUCUCUGCAAACUGGCAGUCCUGCCAGGGAGCUUCCUAUUUCGUUUCAGCAAGUAGGAAAUCAGACUCUCGGGGAUCGGGUAAAAUCCGAAGAUGUAACAGAAGCAGAGAAGCAGAGUCGCAUGGCUGCUCUGCUGGAGAGGCUUCAUGCCAAACACAAUGYUUCUCGGCCAUGGCAGGAGACCAGCAAGGUUGUGCGUCAGGCCAUGGAGAAACGCGGUGUGGUGAAUACAGCAGGUCACCAGCUUUUGCUCAAUUGCUUGGAGACCCUGCAGAGAGCACUAAAAGUCUCCUCUCUCUCCUCCAUGACUGAUCGUCUAGAGUCCAUAGCUCGGCAAAACAUGUUGGGCUCUCACCUCAGCCCAUCGGGGACAGAGUGCUACAUCACAUCAGACAUGUUUUACGUGGAGGUACAGCUGGACACCAGCGGACAGCUUUUAGAUGUGAAGGUUGCACACCAAGGGGAAAACCCAACGAGUUGUCCCGAGCUGAUUCAACACCUAAGCGAAAAGAACUUUGAAGAGUUCUCUAAACACCUCAAAGGACUGGUUGAUUUGUACAAGCUUCCUGGUGACAAUAAACUGAAAACAAAGAUGUAUAUAGCACUGCAGUCCCUGGAGCUUGAUCUCACCAAGAUGAUGCAGAUGUUUAGGUUAGCAACAAAUGCUAACACAGUUGAAACAAUCCUCCAUGGGAGUGUGGGCUUGUUGACAGCCAGGAGUGGUGGCCAUCUGGUUUCUCUUCACUGCUAUGUGUCACCCUAUGACAUAUUUGAGGUGGAAACRGGCUCACAGCUCAACGUAUCAGAUAGCAAUGUACCGAGUUCUUUGGGCAUUAGUGUCUCCGUGACAAUCGAGGGAACAUCUUCUGUGUACAAACUUCCAAUUGCACCCCUCAUCACUGGAUCCCACCCAAUUGACAACAAAGGCACACCUUCCUUUUCCACUGUGACCAACUCCAACUGUGUAGAUCUGCCAGCUUGUUUUUUCCUCAAGAUGAACCGCCCCAUGCCUUUCUCACUUUCCUUUAUUCAAAGGAUAAGCAGUGCUACUUCAAUCUCAGUGUUUGAGACUUCUCCCAGCCUCUCACCUCUCUACCAGCUGAUUGUUCAGAGUCRGCUGCAGCUCCUGGAGGAGAGCAGCUCUGUGCCACCUUCACUGCACAACAUGCACUUUUAUUCUAUUUUACCAGAUCAACAUCAUUGCUACUUCCUGAAUGGAGAUGCCCCAGUGCAAGAUGGUCAUUCAUUGCAAGGAGCAAUGGUGUCCAAGAUCCCCUUUCGUCACCCGGCACAGGUGCCCCUCUUGCUGGACAUAAUUCGCCACCAGGCAGCAUACAACACCUUGAUUGGCAGCUGUGUCAAGCGAACUUCUGUCAAAGAAGACAGUGCAAGCCUCCUACAGUUUGAAGUUUGUCCACUUACUGACUCAAGUUUCAGCGUCUCAUUCCAGCAUCCAGUCAAUGAAUCAUUAGUUUGUGUUGUGAUGGAGGUUAUUGAUUCCAGACAGGUGAUCUGCAAUCUGUAUAAAGGACCAUCAGAUGCUUUGAUCUGCACUGAUGAAUUCAUAACCAAAGUUGUGCAGAGAUGUAUGUCUAUUCCUGUUACCAUGCGGGCCAUUCGAAGGAAAGCUGAAACCAUUCAGGCAGACACUCCAGCUCUUUCAUUGAUUGCACAAACCGUGGAGACCAUGGUGAAGAAUAACCCGCCGCCUUCUGGUAGUCCUACUUAUAACAUGACAAUAGGUGAUGGAACUAACCCCAUUGGACUGACUGGGAUUACUGAAGGCAACACACCUACUGGAGUAGGACCACCUGGGGGACCUAAUUUUACAGGUCCGAUCACUACGCUGUUUGGAAUUUCUCGUGCAGACAGACAAGCUCAAGGAGUAGAGUGUGUAACCCCAGGCGGGGUGGCUGGUCAGCAGCAGCUUCAGCAACAACAACAAAGUCAAGGUCAUACAGAUGAUUACAGUAAAGUCACUCAGAAUCCCAUCCUGACAAGUCUUUUACAAAUAACUGGAAAUGUGGGGUCCAGUCCCAGCUCCCAGAAUGCACCACAACCCCACCAAACGCCACCCCCAACAUCCUCCCCUGCUAGCAAUACAAAGAAUCAUCCCAUGUUGAUGAAUUUGCUGAAAGACAACCCCACACAAGAUUUCGCUGCCCUGUACAGCUCUAGUCCAUUAGAGAGACAAAAUUCUUCAUCUGACUCUCCACGGACAGAUGGCAUGAAUUCUUCCUGUGCUGGAGUUAAUGCCAAAGGGAAGAAGAAACGUCCCCGUGGACCUGAAAAGAGUGGGGUGUUGCCUGGAGCAGGUGCAGGUGGUGGUUUGGGUAUUAAAUCGCAGCAGGCGUCUAUGUCCCAGCAUCACUCUGUAACUCACGAGGAUGACUUCCACCGUGAGCUCCUCUCUAUGGACGUAGACGCAUCUCAGAAUUCUAUCUUUGACGUUAACUUAACCAGCGACGGCCUUGAAACACCCCACAGCAUCACUCCAGCUCCCAGCCAGUGUGGAACACCGCCCCCUGGUUCCAGCAUGCCAUACCCACUGUCUCACGUCCAGUCUCAGCAGCAACAACCUCCAGGCACAAUACCACCACGUAUGGUCCGCCUCCCCAGCUCUGACAGCAUUGGGCCUGAUAUCACUGAAAUUUUGCAAGAUUUACCCGAUCAAACAGGCAAAGGCAGCAGUGGAAGCCAUGGGCAGCCCCCCAUUGGCAGUGGUGAGGAGGACGGAGGCCCCCUUGGUACUCCCAUUCGUGACUCCUCCAGCUCUGGUCAGGGCAGUGCAGUGUUUGACUCAACGGACAUUUUUAUUUCCAACAGCAAUGAAAAUCCCUUCACAGAUGCAGCUGACCUGAUUGAAGAGGCGGCUGUAACUGCUGUCACUCCCAACAGUGACGCUUCUUCCAACAAUUUAUUUCCCGAUGCAUCUGACUUCAACCCGGACCUCCUUUCACAAAGCAUCUUCAAUGAAAGCUCUCCAAGUGCUGAUGAAGACAUUGACCUAGGCAAAGGAUUUGUGGGAACUAGUCAGCAAAAUACUCCAUCAGGAACCCCCCAGAAUCCUACUUCACACGGACAGAGUACUCCAGAGGCCUCACUGAAGGACCCUUUUGAUAUGAGCAUUGUUUAUGGAGGCAACAGUGGCGGUGGUAAACCACUUCUGGGACAAGCACCUGACUUGGGAGACACUCAUGGCGGAGGAUCCCAGAGCCCCCUCAUGAUGGGGCUUGGUGCCACAUGUGCUGAUUUUAAAAAUACAGAACCCAAAGUUAAACAGGGACUCAUGCGUCCAAAGGAUGAGAAUGUGGGGAGUGGAGGUAGCAGUUCUGGAUUGGGAAUGGGGAGCAGCUCAACAGAGAGCAAACAGGUUAAACGAAGUAGAACCCCAUCCAGUGAAGGAAAGUCCAAAGAUAAGCCCCCCAAGCGUAAAAAGCUUGAUCCUGAUAGUAAAUCCCCUUCCCACAGCUCAGGAGGGCGACCCUAUACACCACCUAGUGGGGGUUUGGGCUCUGGAGGAAGCAUAAGUGGCGGAGGCUCCAAGUCUCCUGGUAGUUCAGGGUGCUCACAAACGCCCCCUGGAGGUGCCACGCCUCCAAUCCCCAAAAUCACUAUUCAGAUCCAGAAAGGCACCAUCACUGGGGGAAAAACAUCCUCCCACAGUGGGUACACUUCCAGCAGCUCAGCCACAAGCAGUACAGGAGGUGCAAGUGGAGCAAGCAGCGGCAGCAGCAGCAAAAGCCACCAUUCACACUCAUCCUCUUCUGGGAAGAUCAAGUCCAAAGAAGGCUCCAUGUCACUGGGCAACAACUCCAAACCAGGAGUCGGAGGAGGGCCGUCCCAAUUGAAAGGCUCCUCUCAAGGAAUGGGUGUUGGCAAACCAGGAUCCUCUCCUGUCACCAAACACGGGUUAACUGGACCUGGAGGUACUGGAGGUGGAAUGGGAAGUGCUAAUAAAAUUAAACCUCAAGGAGGCAAGCCUCCUGGGUCACUUAUGAAUCCCAACAUUAAACCUAACAUUUCUCCUUCCCAUUCUCGUUCCAGUAGCUCUGGUGAUAAAUUGUCCUCUCCAAUGAAAAUGCAGCAGUCCCAGGUUCCUGGAACACCCCCUUCUUCUAAGGCUAAAUCUCCAAUAGGGUCUGGGGGCGGGAACUCUGGUGGUUCCAAGUCUUCCUCUGGUGGAAAUAUUGGCUCCCAAAAGCCAGUUGGUGGGGGUACUUCCUCUUCGUCUUCCAGCAUGUCUUCAGUUUCCAUGAGUUUCUCAGGAGGCUCCCAGUCACAGUAUGGGAACAGUGGCAGUGGAAGUGGAGGGACAGGAGGGGGUAGCGGAAGUGAAGGAAGUGGUGGUCCCGGUCAGAACAAUGCAAAUAACCCCAAUGCCAAAGGGAAAUCUCCCAGUCGGAACAAAAAACCUUCUCUAACAGCAGUCAUAGAUAAACUGAAGAGUGUGGGUGGAGGUGGAGUCGGGGAGGAUGGUUGUGAGGUCGGGCCGCCUGUGGGGGGACCUGGUUCGGCUUCAACUCCUGGGGUUCCUGGAAAUGUUCCCGGUGGACCCUCAAGCAUGGGCUCUUCCAAGCACACCUCGUCCUCCCAAAGUGGAGAGUAUAAGCGGGAAAAGUCUGAUAAAGAGGCAAAAUCUAAGGUGAUGGUUUCAAGUGGCAGUGGUGGAGAUAAGAAGGUAAUGGAAUCAAAAACAGGUGGCGUAGGGGGGGCCACUCUGGCCAAAAUUAUCAUUAGCAAACCAGAUAGUGGCUCGCCUAGCAUCAAGGCUAAAGUGACUCUUCAGAAAACUGGAGAAGCCUCUUGUGAGUCGAUGCGUUCGCAGAUUUCUAGCCACAAAGCCUCUCCCCUCUUCAGUGGCUCCACUCCAAAACACGACCGCUCCUCGCCCAGCUACAGCCGCUCGCCGGGAUACACCUCGCUCAAUCACGACAGCGAGAGCGAAUCGGGCAGCAGCUCGGUCGCCGAGAAGUCCCACCAGAACAGCCCCAGCUCAGACGACGACCAGACCACGCGCCCCAUUCCCCCUCAAGACUACAUGAGCUCCAUCCCACUCAGCUCAGGCGAGAAGCACAAGAAGCACAAGAAAGAGAAGAAGAAGCUGAAAGAGAAGGAACGAGAGAGGGACAGGGAGAAAGAGAAGAAGAAGUCCUCCAUGUCUAUGGGCUCCUUAUCACAUUCGAUGAAAGCAGACAGUUGGUCACGGUCUCCGAUCUCGGCCUCAGAUUCAUCCCUUUCCAUGCUUGGUUCGGAUCGUCCAUCCCGGUCCAGUCCCAUCUAUAUGAGGAAUGAGGAUGAUGAUCUUAUGGACUCGGCCCUCACUGGCAACCUUUAAUUUGAUCCUAAAGUUUUUAAUUUUAUUGUCUUGUGUGUAUCAUCUCUGCCUUUUAACGUACAUUUUUAUUUAUUUAAGUCAAACCACACAUUGGAACUGAAUAUGCAGAUGUGGUUUUGAGUGAUUAUGGAUCCGAUAAAGCUGUAUUUUAAUGUUUAUUAAUUGUAAUAUUGUAAUUGGGACAACAGUUUUACAAAUGAAGCUGCCUCAAUGUACAUCUCUAGCUUCAUUACAAAAGUGUUUUUAAAAUGAAUUAUCUGACAAGUAUACAUUUUAGUCUUUUUUUUAAAAACAAAGCAUUUUUAAUAUCAAAUGUUUUCAGAUGUUCUUUUUGUGCUUAAUACAUCUCGUAAUGAGCAUAUGUGUUUGACGACACGUUWUUUGUUUGUAUGCUGUCAAGAUGAGCAACAUAAGAUCUGAUGUAUAAAUAUUGUAAAGUGAGAAAAUUUUAGAUGCAGCUGGGCAUUUUUAGAUUUUGCUAACUUGGUGUGUAAAUUAGUGUAGCUAUAGAAACUGAUUGUGAAAAAAAAUGUGAAAAAUUAACUGUAAAAUAUUUGGAAGCAUAAAAUAAACAUUUAUUUCUGGCAAACUUCAUCAUACUGAAUUGCUAGGAAAUACGGUCUCUUCA